AUGAGGUCAGGCCAGGAGGUUUCAAGAGAUCGGGAACAAGACGCCACAGCAGGCUGCCCUGGCGAGACGCAGACGGACAGGAACGAGAGGAGCAACGGGACGGGGCGGACGGUCGAGGAACAGUCGGACGACCGAACUAAGAGAAGCAGAGCCAGGGAUAAUAAUAAGGGAAGAAAACAGGAGAAAGAGGAAGAAGGAAAAGAAGCAGACCAAGGCAAAUUGAAGAACAGAGGAUCUGUUGUCGACUGGAGAUGGAUAAGGAAAGGAAUGGCAAAAGUCAAGAGACGAAGAAGGGUGGGAGCAGAAGGAUCAAGGGGAAGUGAUGGACAAGAGGAGGAUAGCCACUGGACAACGGCCGGCCAUUCAGUGACAACACCUCAGACAACGAGACAGUGCAGAAUAUGA